AUGCCGGCCCUAUUGCGCCCUAUUGUAGACAGACAGCUACAGCCUUCGUCAUGCGCAGUUGUGCUGAUACUCAAGCUGGCCGCACAGCACCCCCGCCUGCACCAGCUGCCGCAGACAAAACAGCUGAAGGCGCUGAUGACAAUCAUUCGCGACCAGACCACGCCGCGCGGCGACUUUGUCUUCUACUCGGACCGUGUCAUCCGCCUGCUCGUCGAAGAGGGCCUCAACCACCUGCCUGUUGUCAACAAAGAAGUCAUUACACCUAUGGGCAUGCCCUUCCAGGGCGUCUCCUUCGAGGGCCGCAUUUGCGGUGUCUCCAUUAUGCGCGCCGGUGAGUCCAUGGAGCAAGGUCUGCGCGACGUCUGCACGAGCGUGCGCAUUGGAAAGGUUUUGAUCCAGAGAGACGAGAGCACGGCACAGGCUAAGAUGUACUACUCUAAGCUGCCCAAAGAUAUCUCCAACCGCUGGGUGCUUCUGCUCGACCCCAUGCUUGCUACUGGUGGCUCGGCUGUCAAGUGCAUUGAGACUCUGUUGGAGGCUGGCGUGAAGGAGGACCGCAUUCUGUUUAUUAAUCUUAUUUGCUCUCCGGAGGGCGUCCUGGCGAUGCUCGAGCAAUUCCCUAAGCUCCAGAUAAUCACUGCGGAGAUCGAUGAGAGCAUGGACGUGCAGAAGUAUAUUCUUCCAGGUUUGGGCGACUUUGGCGACAGGUACUUUGGAACCGAGGACUAG